CUAUCCUCCCCUGCAAUGGAGUCAGACUGUGGGCCCUGGGUCCUUCUAGGUUGCCGUAAUCCCGUGUGGCGUGCACUUCCAUUAUACCAAACGCGGCAAAUCAUUUUUACCUUUCCGAUUAUGCCCUUUUCUCCUCUAUUUAUCACCAUCUUCGUGUCUAGAGCUCCUAACGAAAUGUUGCAAGACAGAGACAACUCUAUUUCCAUGGCGGCACUUUCUUAUUCUGCUGCUUUCUUACUUCUCGCUUUCUUACAAGCUCUCAGCAUCGCAGACUCGCAAUCGUUCAUUGGUGUAAACUAUGGCCAAGUCGCGGACAACCUCCCCACACCAGCAGCAUCCGCGAAGCUUCUCCAAUCCACUUAUAUUCGAAAGGUCCGAUUAUAUGGAUCCGACCCGGAGAUCAUCAAAUCCCUGGCCAACACCGGGAUCGGAAUCUUCAUCGGUACUACGAACGGCGAUAUUCCGGCGCUCGCCUCCGACCCGAACUUCGCCAAAAACUGGGUUAACACCAACGUGGCCCAGUUCUACCCUUCGAGCAACAUCAUCCUCAUCUCCGUCGGCAAUGAGGUCAUGACCUUCGGCGACCGAAAUCUUAUCACGCAGUUGGUUCCGGCGAUGCGGAAUAUCCAAAAUGCCCUCAACGGGGCGUCUCUAGGGGGCAAAAUAAAGGUCACGACAGUCCACACAAUGGCGCUGCUCAAUGUCUCUGAGCCGCCAUCUGCUGGAACCUUUGACCAGAUCAACGCGGAUGUCUUGAAGGGAAUUCUGGAGUUCAACAAUGCCACCGGUUCGCCUUUCGCGAUAAACCCGUACCCGUAUUUCGCAUACCGAGGAGAUCCAAAUCGGCGUGAUACUCUGGCCUUCUGUCUCUUCAAACCCAACUCGGGGCGAGUCGAUGCGCGCACAAAGAUCAAGUAUUUGAACAUGUUUGAUGCGCAGCUGGAUGCGGUUCGGUCUGCUUUGAACGGUUGGGGCUUCAAAAAUGUUGAUGUUGUGGUGGCCGAAACUGGUUGGCCGUACAAGGGAGAUCCUAACGAGGUAGGGGCAACCGUUGAAAAUGCUCGGACUUAUAUCGGUAACCUGGUGCACCAUUUACGAACCAAGAUUGGGACUCCAUUGAUGCCAAACAAGUCCAUGGAUACAUACAUCUUUGCUCUGUACGAUGAGAACUUGAAACCAGGACCUGGAUCGGAACGAGCUUUUGGGCUUUUCAAGCCUGAUCAAAGCAUAAACUAUAAUGUGGGUCUAUCGAGGGUGACCCCAAAAGUUCCGGUGGCUCCAUCUCCGAAUCCAAUUAAAGGAGCGUGGUGUCUGCCUAAACAGGGUUUAUCAGAUGCGGAAUUGCAGAGUAAUUUGGAUUAUGCUUGUGGACUAGGGAUUGAUUGCAGUCCAAUCAAACCAGGUGGGGCUUGUUUUGAACCAAAUACUGUUUUCUCACAUGCUGCUUAUGCCAUGAAUCUGCUCUAUCAAUCGUCUGGUCGGAAUCCUUGGAACUGUGAUUUCUCACAUACAGCAAUACUUUCAUCCAACAAUCCCAGCUACAAAGGAUGCAGUUACCCAGGUGAGAGUACAUGAGCUGGCGGAUUCUCUUCAUCGGUGAAGGAAUAAAGGUGGUGGGGGUGGUGGUUCAUUUUGCUUUGUUAAAGCUUCGUUGGAUCUUUCUUUUGUUUGUGAUGGCAUGUUGAGAAAUUCCAAUCUUUUUAUUUGAAGUUAGAGUAUACACUCUCCUUUGUAGUCUGUAUGUACAUGUAAAUUUAGUGAUUCUAAUCCAUAAAAGGUUCUGCCGUUAGAUUUUUUU